AUGCGUCGUCAUAUGGUCAAGGUAGCCCGGGCUCCGCCCAAGCCGGAACAGGUUGUCGUUCAUGGCGCUAAGGACUUGGACGGCCGACUUCCACCUCUGGACGGCAGCCUUGAGGUAGAAGUCGGCCUCGUGCUGGACGCCCUCGAGCUCUUGCAGGUCGCGCUACUGGCCGCGAAGCCGGAUGCCGGCGUGUCAUCCUCCAGGCAACCGCGCCGCCCGUGGCCACCUUUGUGUCCUGGUUCUGCAUCUGGGCUGCCGCCUUACGGCUGUGGCUGGACUUCUAGAGAAGGACGUCGAGGUGACCAGCCCCGCGAACUCGGUGGCGAGCAGCUGGGCCUCGUUGCUCAGCCGCUUCUCAGCUUCGCUGCCGAGUCGAAGUAUCGCGUCGAAGCGCAGACGGGAUGCCAGAAAAGGUCGUGGCUGGGAAAAGUAUGGUUCGCCUUGGAGAGAAAGAUGGAUUGUACAGCAUGUGCCCGAGGUAAGCGUCGCAGUAAGCUCUACGACCUCCCAUAUGGAAUUGGCAAGUGUCCCGUUGCUUUCGAUCCCGAUUUUAUCAAUCUGACGAUGGUGAUAUGCUGCUGCGGCUCCCGAGGAGCGAUUACGGUUGGAUCUAGAGGUAAGGGGCGGAUCGGAGCUGAAGCUGACGCUGACACUAAUGUUAAUAGACAAACGGAACAGAUGAAAGCACGUAGGUGGUUGGGUGCCGCCGCGGUACGGAAGCUUAGGCAUCCCGGACCUGCGCGGCCCAAAAACCCGAGCGGGCAAUACCAAGAUCGUAGAGAAGUUCAGUAUCGUGGUACAAUAACCUGGAGGCGUCGGGACAGUCGGACCGCGGCUCGUAGUGUUCGAGAAGGCGAGGCUCUUGGAGACGGCGCGUGUUACGAUAGCAGCGGAGCAGCGGCUACAAGAGAAGAUGAGACGCGGGAGCGGGAGCGGGAGCGAGAGCGGGAAGUAAAGCCGAUUACCGGAAACCCCGAAAGUAAGGCUGCUAGUGAUGAUAGAUACGAGAAGACGGAUGAUAAGGAUUAG